AUGAUCCCUUCGCCACACGAAAAGGACUACUUCUGGUUCGUCACAAAAUCUACAAGGGCCGAAUUCCUUUCCGAGGCUGCUCGAUUAUUACGCAAAGGAUUUGCCAGCGCCGACGUGAUCCGACUCCACGCGGGUUGGGAUCACAUAGUGGUACUGUCUCCGUUCUAUGCGGAGCGUGUUCGUGCAGACGACAAGUUAUCGCCGGAUACAUUCUCUGAUAAGGAAAUGUUUGGCGAAGUUCCGGGAUUCGAGCCAUAUAGGUUCCUCUGCACACACCGUGACCUGAUUCGUAACGUGAUCAGUAUGCGCCUCAACCGAUGUUUCGGCCCUGGUACGAUCUAUCUCUCCGAGGCCAUCGAAGAUGCUUUGAGGAAGAACAUAGGCAAUGAUACCGAGUGGCGCCGAGUUCCCCUUGGUACAGCUGUUCUCAGAGUUCUGACUCAGUCAACAUCUCGUGCGCUCCAGGGACCAGAGCUUUCCUACGACGAAGAAUGGCUUGAAAUCGCAACACAGUACACUCUGACUAGUAUCACAGGGGUCACAACGCUCCGCAGGCUUCCUCGGUUUCUGGUUCCUGUGCUCCACUGGUACGUUCCAGACGCCAUCAAGUCGCGGCAGCUGUUGAGCCGUGCUAGAGCGAAACUCUUGCCCAUCUAUGAGAAACGCAAGCAUGAGCUCUGUCAAGCCAUCAACAGUGGCACUUAUCGACCGGAAGACGCCGAUGCCCUUGGAUGGUACGAAGAGCUGGCAAACGGCCGAGACUAUGAUCCCGUUGUCGCCCAACUUACAGUGGCCGUCGCUGCAAUUCACACCACAACCGACUUCAUGUGUCAGUUUUUAUCUGAUCUGGUCAGAUAUCCUGAGUACAUUCAGCCCCUCCGAGAGGAGCUCAUACUUGCCCUUCAAGAUAAGGGCUGGAAAGCAUCCACGAUCUUGCAACUGCCCCUUCUUGACAGCAUCAUGAAGGAGUCUCAGCGGCUGAAGCCCAUUUCGAUAGCUUUCAUGAGAAGUAUUGCCCAGCAUGAUAUUGCGCUGGAAGAUGAUGUGACGAUUCCCCAGGAUACUUCAGUCAUCGUUUCUGCGCAUGCAAUGCGGGAUUCCACCUUGUAUGAGAAUCCCGACGACUUUGACGGCUAUCGCUUCGUGAACCCAGCCAAAAAUCACGAGUCUCGACAUUUUACCUCUGUCAGCGUCGGGCACAUGGGGUUUGGAUUCGGCAAGCACGCCUGUCCGGGCCGGUUCUUCGUGAAUCUCCAAACCAAGAUCUUCAUUGCUCACAUGUUGCUCAAGUACGAUUGGAAGUUUGCCACGGAAGGGGGCCCUGCAAUUCGAACUAGUGGUUUUGACCAGGUCAUUGAUCCUUCAGCCGAAAUGCUGAUACGAAGACGUCGAGAGGAAAUCCAGAUCGAGGCACUAUACGGUUGA